UCUGUUUGGGAAGAUCAUUGACAGACAUUUAAUCGAGCACCGAUAGAAUGGCAACCAUCAAACGACCUCUAGUUUAGCUAAUUAACGUUAACUUUGUAACUAUUAACUCCAUGUAAGUGUGCUGGCAGUGGCAUUGGCAAACCAUUAAAUAACAAACAAUUAAAGGGUAACGUUUAGAUUGAAAAUGAUUAGAUUUGCAUCUGGAAGACGCAUAAUGUCUCGGGUUCCAGUAUGGAGAUGUCUUCAGCAGAUAACCAGAGCACCAAACUACACAACAAAAGCUCAGCUGCUGUUUCACUCUCAAGCCUCCUCAGUGUUAAUGCCAUCCACACUAACUUCCACUACCCGCUCGUUGAGCAUCAGGCCCGUGAGCUGGCCUGCCUCACGUCUCUGCCACGGGGAUUCACGAGGCACCUCGAGGAGAGGCGCCAGCAAUGAGGGUUUCAGUUUGAGGGCCCUCACCCAGGCUCCCAAACCAGCUCUGUACCUCGGUUUCUCUGGGCUCGUGCCUUUUCUGUCUGCUCCUCUCCUGAUGGCUGCCACACAGUCCUUCUACCCUGAACUGGCAUAUGCUCAAGUGGUCUACGGAGCUUCUAUAGUCUCCUUCCUUGGAGGUGCCCGCUGGGGGUUUGCCAUCCCUGCAGGUAGUCCUGCUCAGCCUGACUGGAUGAACUUGGGCAACAGUGUGGUGCCUUCACUUCUGGCCUGGCUGGCACUGCUCUGCAGGAACAAUAUUGCAGAGGGAGCCCUAGUUGUUAUUAUGGGACUGGGUCUGUCUCUGCACUAUGACCUGACCCUGCUGCCUGGCUACCCCUCCUGGUUCAAAGCCAUGCGAACUGUCCUCACUCUGGUCGCCACCUUCUCAGUGGUGGCUACCCUGACAAUUAAAAAAAUCUGCACUGAGAAGAAGAUCAAAGAGAUUCAGAUGGACUUAUAAUAAAAAUGUAAAAAUCUGCA